AACAAAACUAGAUUUAGAAGUUGUUAAUCUGUUGCUAUGAGCCAGUAGGGAUUGUAAAUUUUGAAGAGAUGAAGAAACUGCUCUGAGUAUUCCAUAGGAAGAAGGUUUGUCAUUGUCAUAGAAAGGAACAACCACUAGUCAUUUGGCUACUUCUAACAACCAAAGAAACUUUGAAAUGCAGAAUCCACCACUGAGAGCACAAAGUCCUCCUCCUCCUCCACCGCCACCACUACCGCCAUCUGCUUCAUCAUGUAUGUCGCUUUCAAACAUCGACAAAGGUUUUGUCCCUAACACCGAAGUCAACAGCAUCCAUUCACAUAAUCUGCUUAGAUUCCAAGAAAAUAUUCCUUCCAACAAUUCUGGCCAAAUUCUCGCAUUUAAUAAACCAGUUAACUAUGUCUUGCAGAGUGGACGGACUUGUGGUGUUGUUGCUUUGUCAAUGGCCAGUCAGUUGAUAAAGAAUGUGGAUCCAGACACAAUUUAUAUGUCUGCCCUCAUUCGGGGAUUCAGUAAAGGUGGGGAAUUAUUUUCUGCUUACAAUGUUGCAGUUUUAGCUGAAGAUUUACUAAACUGUGAUGCUGAAGUAUUAAGUGAUCUGCAUAGUCAAAAAAGUGUACUCCUAAAUCAUCUUUGCGAUGGAUGGCCUGUGUUAAUACCUUACGAUGCCGAUAAAAAUCAUUUCCCAUGCUUAAAUAAUGGACUUUCUGCCCAUUGGGCUGUUAUAACUGGAUUAUGUUUCCCUGUGGCAGAAGAUCUUGAUUUAACCUCCGUCCCAGGAAUUAAAACUAAGGUUGGUGCAAACAUUAAGUUAUGUCAUGUGAAAGAAGGUCAAUUUCUGAAACCCUAUUUAGAUUUUUCUACAAACAUGCACGUUUAUGCUCAUCAAGGAAAAAGUAGGUAUAUGUCUGUGUGGAAUUUAGAUAGACUUUUGGACAGUAAUCUUAAUAUGUAUGAGGUUGGUAAAAAGUUUUUACCAGAUGAAUUAGUUCUUCCGGAGAAUGAUGCGCUUUCUGAAUUAAGAAAUAAAGCUGUCCUCCUGAAAAAGAAAGCUUCUUGAGCUUUACACUGCUGAUUAGUUCUUUUGAGAGACAAAGCUUCUUAAUACCCUGUUUGCACUGAGGAAAUAGAGCUGCCUUUUUUCAGUGCAAUUGCUGUGAUCCUACUUCGUGCAUUAAGAAAGUCUCUCUCCUUGAGUGACUUUCCAACCUCAUUCAGCAACAAAGCAGCAAUGUUUUGUCAGUGCGAAAGGGUAAUUGUUGUUAAGUUUUCUUAAUUUUUAAAAGCUUCAUAAGGCUCUUAUUAUUAUUAAGUUUUCUAAGUUUUAAUUUAUGAUUGGAAAUAAAAUUCCUAUGUUAUUUUUUAGAGUCAUAAUAAUAUAAAUGAUCAUGGGAAAAAGGAACUGAAGGCUUGUUUUCUUUUAUUUUACUUUACACAUUACUUUAAAUGUGUGCUGUAUAAUGCUUCUUUCAAUGAUAGCAAACUCUUUACACAUUUUUUGUUUUUGAUUACAUAAAAUUUACAUCAUAUAUGUGAAAAAACUAUGUGAAAUAGUCAUAAGUUCUUUUAUUUGAAUCGUUUGAAACUUUCCCGGAAUAUUGUUGAAAUGUUAUGACAGUGCUUUUAAAAUUGUGUAUGUUAACUGUAUUUUUGUCCAAAAGAUGAUGAGAGUAGAAGCUUUUUUGGUGUGUUUGUUUCCUACUAUUUAUUUAUUUAUUUGUUUAUGAAAGUUAUUCUUAUAAUUACAUUCUCUUUUCUUCAUUUGGUUUGUUAAUUAUUCAAUAUCAUUUGGUGUAGGCUUUAUUUAAUAGAUUCAAGACUUUAAUUUCUAUUUUGUAGAUAAAAUUAUUUAUCCCUUAGGGAAAUGAUUGGUAUUCAAGAUAGUUGUGACUAUUCAACAUUUCAAAAUAUACUCAUAAUUUGGAUUAAUUCUGGAUUUAUUGACUUAAUGUGUUGAUUUACUUUGUUUCACUGAAACUAGAUGUGUGCAUUUGAAUUUUGCUGUAUUAGUCAUACUUGUAUACAAACAAAUAUAUGGGUGAAUUAUUAAAUUACAUUCUGUUUGAGA